AUGGAGGGUUUGAAGAGAUUAGAAAGCUCAAUUGUGGCAAUUCGUAAUGCGGUCAAGUUUGUGAGGUCCUCACCUUCUCUGUUGAGUUACUUCAAAAUGUGUGUUGAGACGGAAAAAAUAGAGUGCAAGGGGUUGGUGGUGAUGGAUGUGCCCACUAGGUGGAACUCCACUUAUUUGAUGCUUGAUGCGGCAUUGAAAUUUCGAAAAGCUUUUGAUAGGAUGGGGGAUGAUCCCGAUUCUUCCUACUUAAUGUACUUCAAGGAAGAUGAAGGAGAUGACGAGAGAAUUGAAGUCAUUGAAGGAAGUGGGAAAGGGAAGGGAAAGUCUAAGUCUAAUAAGAGGGUGGGUCCACCUAAUGAUGAAGAUUGGGAAAAAGCCGUGACAUUUGUGAUGUUUUUGAAGACCUUUUAUGAUGUUACUUUGAAAAUUUCAGCUUCUUUGCAUCCAUCAUCACACUCAACCUUCCAUGACUUGCUUGCCAUAGAUGGGGAGAUUCGGGAGUUGUAUAGAUAUGAUGCUACAAUUCCUAUUGAAGAACGGACAGCCAUGGAUACUCUUUUAAAUGAUAUGGCAGCAUCAAUGAAGAAGAAAUAUGAUAAAUAUUGGGGGUGGUGGAGAAUAAAUGGGCUCAAGUAUCCUACUUUGGCAUCAAUUGCAAAUGAUGUGCUUGCAAUCCCUACUUCCACAAUAGCUUCGGAGUCUUGUUUUAGCACAAGUGGGAGAGUGAUUGACUCGUUUCGAAGCUCAUUGUCUCCUAGGAUGGUUGAGGCUUUGAUUUGCUCUCAAAAUUGGAUAAGGUCCGAAGAUAUAUCUUCAUUGCAAUAUGUGCCAAGCAUUGAGGAGAUGGAGUUCUAUGAAUCAAUUGAAAUGGGUUGCUUUGUUAAGGCUUUUGGAAGAAUGGAUGCAGCAGAUUUUUUGCAAGGAUAUUAUCUUUAUGUGUAUUUUUUUGAUCGGUUGUAA